AUGACGACGGCCGACGGCGAUCCGGCAACAAUAACUAACAUGGCCGACGACGACGACGACGAGCAGCCGGAAGUCCUGCAGCCGUGCGCGGUCUGCGGGCGCAAGUUCAACCCGCGCUCGCUCGACAAGCACGUCAAGAUUUGCGAGCGCACGACCACGAAAAAACGCAAGCCCUUCGAUUCGGCCAGGCAGCGCAUACAGGGCACGGAGCUCGCCGAGUUCCUACCCAAACAGCACCAGCAACAAUCUCACGGCCCUGGUGCUGAUCACAGCGGCAGAAGCAACAGACACCAGUGCCUACCCACGGGGACGGCCUACCGGAGACCCAGCAACGCUUGGAAGCAGACGCGCGACGAGUUCCUGCGAGCUAUUCGCGCGGCACGGGGCGACACUCAGCAGAGUCCAACCGCCGCGGCAUCAUCCUCCUCCUCCCAGCGGCCAUCGACGCUCUCGCUGGUGAAAUCGACCAUCGGCGCCCCGACGCGCUCCAACGAGAAGGGCCAGUGCCCCACGUGCCAGCGUCAAUUCGGCCUCAAGUCGUACGAGCGCCACGUCGCCUUCUGCCGGGAGCGGGCGACCCGACUGCCCGCCAGCCCGCAGACCAGCAACAACGUGGCCAAGGAGAGGCUCGACGCGCGCAUGAAGUACCGGGCCCCGGCUCUACGCAACCGCAAGCCGCCCAUCACCAACCGCGAGAAGUACUCGCCCGGCGCCGCCGCUCACAGGGUCGCGGCCCGCCAAUCCUCCACCUCGCCACCGCCCCCGACCCUCGCGACGAUGCACCGGAGUACCGGCAGGGCCCCGACCAAGGACAACCAGGCCCACGACGCCCCACCGCCCAAGUUACCGGCACUCGGCAAACAACGCACCGGCCACCAUCAGACAUCAAGCAAGGAGUCAUCCCCGGCCAACGCCGCUGGUCCGCUAAAGUCGCGACCGGUGGACCGCUCGAACAGAACGCCCGACUCGCAGGAGUCCCUGAACCCGCCGGUCCGGCAGCUCUUCACCUCCCGGCGUCUCCAGCUGCUGACCGACGCGAUCCCCUCGAGCAAGAUCCUCCGGGCGGGUCUCUCGCCGAGCCGCUCCGCCACCUCCUCGCAAAAGUCCUCGGCCCGGCUGGUCACGCGGUUCCUGAAGAAGGCCUUUGCCGAACCCACUGCCCACCACGACGACGACGACGACGACGAGGAAGAGGAAGCCAAGGCGAAGACGAGGAAGAAGCCGCGCAGUCGGCGAAAGGAGGAGGAGGAGGAGGAGGUGCCGGGGAACCGGGACUUUACGACGUGGCGUCAGAUCCGCGAGGACGCGCGUCAGAACUGCGAAUUGGCCAGCAUCGACAAGGAAGAGGAGCCGGCGCUGUCCGACGUGACGGGGCUCUCGAGCCGCAGCUGCGACGAUCCCGCCAACUCGACGACCGACGAGUUCGAGUACAACGAGCGGCUUGUCUCGCGCGAGGAAGACGACGGGGAAAAAUCGUUGAAAAAAGAAGACAUCAGCGACCCUGGUUCGACGAGGACCUUCAGAAAGGAGGAGGAGAGCUGUUGCGUCCAGUUCGUCGAUAGCCUCGACUCGUGCCUGUACCAGCGCCGAGCCGAACCCACCCACGACUAUGACAUCGAGGACACGGACGACGACACCGAGACCCUCAAGAGCUGCAAGAUCGACGAGGAGGAGGAGGAGGAGGAGUUGAACUCGGGUAGCAGGAACGAGAGGAGCGAGUCGUUUGCCGCCACCGAGGGGAGCCUCCCGGCCCUCCUGCCGCCGAUAAAGUGCCACAGCAUGCCCAACAUGGGCGCUGGACCUCCGGAGCUGGCUUUUGACGGCUUCCGGAGAAACUACGCCGCGUCGGGGAAGCCCAAGGAAGUAACGGCGUACGCUGGUUUGGGCCAUUAUCGCCAGCAGAGGUGCGCGACCUACGUGAUAGAGGAGCGGUGUCAGCCGGGCCGGCGCCGUCAGAAGCAACACCAGCAGCCCGACGACACUGCCAACGAGUCCUCGGAGGAGAAGCCGCUGAGGAAGCGCCGGAAGCUCCAGUCCGAGGGUAAACGUUGCCGCGUUGGCACGGGGGCGCGAGCGCGACUCGACGAGGACGGCUUGAGCGACGUGUCGAGCGUGAGAACGGACGACCAGCGAGCCAUGCUGGUGGAGCUCGACGACGAUUUCGGGGCCGACGAGACGGAGAGCAACGCGUCGGAGCUGCUGAGGGAGAUAGAUGGGGCUCUGAGGACCGGGUACGGGAGCGAGGACUCGCUGCUGGACCUCGUCGGCAGGAUGAGGAAUAUAGAACUGGGCGCGAUGACCAGGGACCAUGGAAGGAGGAGGAGGAGAUCGGACGGUGGACAGUUCGCGGGGACGAGGAGCGAGCGGCGAUACAGCGAGAUCUGCACGGUCACGAGGCUCGACGAGACUCGAGGUGGCGGUGGCUUCUUGCCGAGCAUCGGUGCUCCGGGCCAGAGAUCGGUGCGGAAGGAGCACCGUCGGAACAAAACGUCUUCGAGGCCGCGUGGGCUGGAGACCCCGAGGGAGGACGACGAGGAUGGUUUCGGGGAGGACGAGAGGUUCGCCAAGGCGCGCAGGCAUUCGCGAUCGGAUCGGCGGAGCCUUCUGCGCAGGAGCUUCGAGCGGCUGCCGCGCUGCGAUUGGAACAGCUACGCCAGGAGGCAUCCCGACUUUUCGAUGAUUCUCAGAGGUAGAACCGGCACGAGCAAGGACUACGACCCCUUUUUGUUGGCCGAGCAGCAGCUGAACGACCUCUUCUCGGACACGAGCGACCAGUCGUCGACCGACGGCUCCACGGUCUGCCCGCCCUCCUCAUCCACCUCCCAAAAGCCAAACUCCAGCCCGAGCUAUCAGUCCCCCUCGGCCUUUGCCAAAUACCCCAACCCACUCAAAUCCCACGCCACUCCCCUGACCAACGACACCAGCAAGCACCCGCAGCAGCAGCGCCGUCUUUCGGUGAUCGCGCCCCCCACCGGCUUCAACGACGACCUAACCUCUUCGGACCUCUCGAGCGACUGCACCGAGACGAACGAUGGACGGCUCGUCUCUUCCGUGACCUCCGUCUCGGCCGGCAUUGGCGCCUCCUCGCGGGAGCUCGGCCGCCGGCUCAUCAUCGACCAGAGCCUAGCGUUGGGCGGCGGGGAGUUUGCACCCACCGCCGACACCGGUCCGCAAUCACAGCAGCCACAAAACGGCCUCGCGCUACCGAACAGAGCCAACUCGUCGAGGCCCGCGGUACCGGCUCGCUCCAACUCCCUACGCUCCUCCGCGGGCGGGGCCCACAAGCCGGCCGGCGAGCGCAAGCUGUCGAGCUCCUCGUCGUCCAGCAGCAGCGGCCACUCGGACUUUGCCCACAGCACCUUGGCCAGCAAGCCCUGCAGCACCAUCAAGCCGUCGUGCCGGCCGGCCGGCAACAACACUAGUCACAAUCACAAGCCGGCGUCGGCCACUGCGCCGACGCCGAACGGCAGUAAUAGCAGUAGCCUCAGUCUGAGCUCGAUCAUAAGCUGCUCGGACGCGGGGAUGAUGAAGCGGUCAAACUCGCUGUUCGACGAGCUGCUGCUGCUGAGCUCCUUCGACGAUGACCACCAUCGCCAGCACAAGCAGCAGCAGCAGCAGCUCGACUCGAGCUCUUCGACGACUCUGCCCUCGCUCAUGUCGCUUAUGCAGCGUAACGACACUAGUCUCUCUUUGGUGUCCUCUAGCACGUGUACGUCGCAGCGUAACGAGCCCGCGGUCGCUGCUGUGGUGGGUAAUGGCCGGGGCACCGUUGUCACCGGCAACAACAGCCGCAACGGGAGCGGGAGGAUCAACUGCAGCGACGACGACGCCGAGCUCUCCUCGCCGGAGAGCGUCAAGCGACAGGAGGGCGGAGGGAAGCUCAGCGCCGACUCGGCAUACAGCAGCCUAAAUCGGAAAUACUCGAGCAACGGGCGCAGCGGCAACGACUUGAGCGCCAGCUGCAAGUACAAACUGUCCAAGUUCUGUCACGAGUGCGGCUUCAAGUUCCCGGACUCGGCCAAGUUUUGCUGCGAGUGCGGCGUCAAGCGGCUCACCCUCUGAUACACGUGGCCCCGGAGCUUCCUACCGGCCAUAGAGGCCAGCGCGAGCGAGAGCCCCUGUCCCUAAUGAAGGACGCACUCUGCCAUUUUAACGAGAAAAAACUGCCGCUACAUGCAUCUAGUAUUUAGACAUACUACGAGGACACU